AUGGUAGCAGAACUUUUAAGGGACGAGAUAUUGAGAGUUGAAAGUUCUAGCAGCAAUUUAAAUCAGGUCUCUUUGAUGAAAAACCAGACUGUUGAUACGAAACCAAGUGGUAGUUCUUCGAAAGCUGCACAAUCUAGUGAUGUAACUAUCGUCGUAGGAGGAAAUGAGAUUCGAGCAGAUAAUAAGAUUUUGGUGGCUCGCAGCCCCGUAUUUGCAUCGUUACUUUUAACAAAUGGGACAUCAAACAACUAUGACAACUCUAGUAUCAUUAAGAUACACGACGUCGAACCUAAGGUGUUUAUACAGCUUAUGCGCUGCAUUUAUACGAAUAAAGUGGAUGACAUCGAUGAUACAAUGGCUAAGGAUCUUUCAGUAGCAGCUUUUUGGCCCAAGGGCAAUGAAAGUUUCAAGUGGGAUCUUCAAUUAUUUCCACAAUCUCGGAAAGAUAGUACUUACAUGGAACUUUAUUUGAACCAUCGCAACAUUGAUACAGUUAAUGUAAACUUUACAUUGAAUAUAGGUUCUGAAAAAAUUAAUGAGGUCAGUUAUACCUUUGAAGGAAUAAUUGGUUUGGGAUGGUCAAAGUUCAUCAAGCGUGACGAGGCAUUCAAAAGUUGUCUACCCGAUGGAAAUCUAAUCAUAAAUUGCGAGAUUCGCGCUAUACCCAAAACUGUCGAAGUUUCUGGACAAACAAGCUCGAGCCAGCAAGUAUCAAUCAAUAACCAAACUUACAGCAGAAAAAUGGCCGAUGAUUUUUUUAAUCUUCUGGAGGAUGAAAAUUUUAGCGACAUCACUAUUGUCGUAGAACAAAACGAGAUUCGAGCGCACAAAGCUAUUUUGGCAGCCCGCAGUCCCGUCUUCGCAUCGCUAAUAAUGGAAAACAGUAGUGUAGCGAAUUGCAGCGGAAAUUCCAGCACCAUAGAGGUAAAGGAUGUCAAGCCUAAGAUAUUUAAAAAGCUUCUGCAAUACAUUUAUACAGAUAAAGUCGACGGCAUCGAUAGCACGAUUGCAAAAGAUCUUUUGGUAGCGGCAAUAACGUAUGAUCUCAAACAAUUGAAAGCAACGUGUGAAAAUAUUCUGUACAAUAGCAUAGGCAUCGACAAUGCCGUUGAAAUUCUUGACAUCGCUGAUCAAUACUACAUUCCUGCAUUAAGAUCGCAGGCUAAGAACUUUUUAAUUGAACAUAGAGCUUUUUUAAUGCAUACAAGUGCCUUUAAGAAAUUGAUACAGUCGAAACCGCAUCUUAUAAGUGAAGUUCUUACCAUAUGA